AUGGCAACCAUCCAGGGCACUCUUUCUGCACAGAACAUUAAAGCUAUCCCGGCUUUUGCAAGUCCUUACACACGGGGAAACACCGCACCACGUUUCAGUGAUGUUGACAUCCUUAAGAUAAGGUACCGCACUGACGGCGCAUCUGCCCGAGAGUUGAUCCCAGAGCAGCUGUCUUUUGAAAGACAACCCAUCGUCACAACGUGGGUGCUCGAUUAUGGCUUCACAAACAUCGGACCAUACAAAGAACUUAUCCAUCAGAUCGAAGUAACGUUUCAAGGAAAGAAAUACGACUACGCAAUCCUGCUGGUUUUGGACAAUGAAGAUGCUGUUUAUGGGGGGCGUGAGAGUUUCGGCUACCCCAAAGUUAUGGGCGAGAUAGACUUCGAUGUUGGCAAGAGAACUGGGGUAACAAGUUUCGUCACUGCUACUGUCUCGCGACCGCCUGGUAAUCCGAUCAUCGAAUAUCUUUUUAAACCCUCGAACUUCAUUGGGACGGGCCCAAUACCGCCACCAGAGAACGAGGGUCUCAACCUUCGAGUAAUUCCCAACAUCAUUCCUGGAGCGAAGCCCAACAUUCGCCAGUUCAUUCCAAUCACGUUCAAGGCAGACGUUGGAGAGAGAUGGGAGGGUAUCGGCAGCCUGAAGUUCCCAUCAACAAGCGAGUUUGAUCCUUUGCACAAAACGCCUGUUGUCGAGUAUCUGGGCUCCGAGCUGCUACGGAACUGCCAGGCUUCGUUUGGAGAAUUUCCUACUGAGGCUUUCGAUUUCUGA